UGAGGCAAAAAGGCGAGGUCGAUAAUCGGAACAGGGUCUCACUUACUGUGAGUCUGUAACGUGGAAACAAGGAAUGCUGGAACGCAACGACAACAUACAACGAACUGACGACGAGAAAGAAUGAGACACGAGGUUAAAUGCAAGGGGUAAUUAGGGUGAACGAGGCACAGGUGGUGAAGAUGCUUUCAGGAGCAGAUGUCUACGAGACGGGGGGAACAACAACCGGAACACACACCAAUGACAAAUAGAGGCGAAAGCAGUAUAGUAGUAACUUACUGGGAGAAACAAAAACCACAAACACAUCCAACAGAGCAGAAUCCCAAAAAUUUUUCGCGGAAUUUUCCUUCACGUGUGUCAUCGACCUGACCAGCGCCUUGGAGUACGAUGGAAUCAUCUCCGGCUUUAUGGAGUUCUAUCGUAAGACGGGCGAGCCUUACCUGGGCACGGCCUACGCCAUCAUGAUGUGCUACUGGGAUGGAAUAGCUCAUUUUAUCAUGUACCUCAUAAUGAUCGGGAAGAUCAUGGACAGAAAAGGGUACCGCACACUGGGCCUGUUCUGGGCCGGCUCCCUGUGCGCCAACAUGAGCGUGUUCAUCACUGGCAUUGUGGCAGGGAAAUAUGGCGCAGAGAUCCGUCCGGCCUUCUGGCUCAACUUCCUCUUCCUGCUGAUGCCUGCGUGGGCAGCGGUCACACUGUUCACUCGGCCCAAGGACAGGCCGCUGAUUGGUGGAUAUAAUGCUCAGCACGCUCAGAGCAUGAAGCUCAUCUGGCGUCCAAUGGAUCUAAUGCUGGUGUUUCUCCUGCUGGCUGCCAUGGCCUUCACUGUCCUCCGAGGCCUGGUGGCGCUAGACUCCCCACUUGCAGCGUGUUCCUUCUACGUGAAGCACUACGAGCCCUACUUGCGGGAUCCGGUGGGGUAUCCCAGGGUGAUGAUGCUGCACAUGCUCUUCUACGGCCUACCGCUGCUGGCAGCAUUUGUUUACGGUCUCCUCAAGCCAGGCUGCACGUGGAUGCCUGACUGGACUGUGUUUUAUUCAGGAGCAAUGAUCCAGUGCCAGUGGGCUCACAUCGGGGGGUACAUACACCCUCACACAAAGGCCCCAUUUCGUAUCCCGAGCGAUGUGUUCUGGCCCGUGCUGGCAGCCAAUCUGCUGUAUGCCGUCACCCCCCUCCUGGUGGUUUUGCGUGUGCGCAGUAACCCUUAUUUCUUCCUGAGGGUCGCCCCCUUCCCCGGGCAAACCGGCCUGCCGAAUAGCGAGGAAAAAGAUACCAAGUACAAAAACAAAUAACUCAAAUAUGGGACAGCUUGACUUGAAUACCAAAAUAAAUAACCUACGUAUCUCA